UGACUGGGAGCGAUAAAAUAUUUUUGAACGAGCUAGUUCGUUCGUUCUGUUCGUCUUAUCGAACUAUGGGAACUUUUCAACGAAACUCUGGUCACAUUGCGUAAAAAUUGUAUGUCGCGUUGUUCGGCUGUUGCUCGUGUAAAAAUUAUAAAAAUACAGAAACGCACAAAUCGAAACCACCCAAUUUAAUGUGAGUAUAAACACAAGGCCGCAACAAUGGGAGCCUGUGUAUGUCGCAUGAAUCCCGACAAUGAGACAAUGAGUGUUUCCUCGGCAAGCGCUUCGCGUCCGGUCAGCGCAGGGAUUGCAUUGGGGGGCGCUGCGCGUAAAAAUCGCCCAUUGUGCCAUGAGACCAUAAAAUGGCGCUCCGACGUACCUUUAACCGAAGGACAACUGCGCUCAAAGCGUGACGAGUUUUGGGACACGGCUCCUGCAUUUGACGGACGAAAGGAGAUUUGGGAUGCCCUUCGUGCUGCCACAAAUGCAGCCGAAUGUCUUGAUUUUCAAAUGGCCCAGGCAAUUUUAGAUGGCGCUAACGUAUCUGUGCCCAAUGGCUACCUCACAGAAUGCUACGACGAGUUGGGAACACAAUACAAGGUACCUAUUUACUGUCUGUCAUAUCCCAUUAACAUUGUAAAGGAAGAGAAUGGACGUGAUUCGCCAGCCGAAUACUCAGAGCCCGUUGACGGUGGAACCGAAAUCAUUCUUAAGCUGCGCAUAUCAUCUUCAAUGACUGAUGUUAAACUGCCGGUAUACUCUAAGGACACGGUGGGACAGUGCAAGAAAAAGCUGCAGUCUGUUGAGGGAGUUGAUGCGUGUUGCCAACGUUGGUUCUACAGCGGUAAGCUGCUGGGCGAUAAGGUGCCCAUUGAUGAGUGCAGCAUUCACCAAGGCUAUGUGGUGCAGGUCAUUGUUAAUACGGAGCACUACAAUCACGACAACAGCACGAGUAUUGUUCACAUGUCGCUUGCGAGCUAGCAAUGCACCAACUCCAAACUAGUCAUCUUAGGUAUCAACAGCGGCAACCAGCUUUG